AUGAUGCAUCCUGUUGCCAGCAGUAAUCCGGCUUUCUGUGGGCCUGGCAAGCCUUCCUGCCUCAGUGAAGAUGCCAUGAGAGCUGCCGAUCAGUUUGACAUAUAUUCCUCCCAGCAAAACAAAUAUAGCCACACAGUCAGCCACAAGCCAAUGGCUUGUCAGAGGCAAGACCCAUUAAAUGAAACACACUUGCAGACUCCAAGUGGCAGAAGUCUAGAGAUAAAAGAUGAACUAAAGAAAAAGAAAAAUCUCAACCGAUCCGGUAAACGUGGCCGACCUUCAGGAACCACCAAAUCCGCAGGAUACCGUACCAGCACAGGCAGACCCCUGGGAACCACCAAAGCAGCUGGAUUUAAGACAAGUCCAGGCAGACCUUUGGGUACAACUAAAGCUGCAGGAUACAAAGUCAGCCCAGGGAGACCUCCAGGAAAAAAGCAGCAAGCCUUCAGGUGUUCCAGUGAUGCCUGACACAAUGAGCUGGACUUAUGCUGCUCUUUACAGUAAGAGGUGUUGCAUUGUAUGUGGGGACUUUGUGUGCACUGGCAUCUAAGACAGUGACCUCAUGAAUUUUAGCUUUGCACAAACCCUAAAGAACAAUAGUGGAUGACUAUAUAAUCAGUUCUAACAUUCUGGCAGCUAAAUUGCUACAAGAGUUUCUCCUUACAGAAGCUUAAAAUAGAAAACUUUUUAAUAAUUUACUCAGAACAGUAUACCUUCUGACACACACAAAUGCUUACAUCUUUAUUCCUGUGUUCAUCUAUCCACUUUUGUGAUAUGUAUCUGUCAUUUAGCUCUUUCUCAAGAUGAUGUUCAGCAGUUGGCUGCUUAGAAAUCCUCUUUUGAGUUCCUGAAAACAGUUGUUUAAAUGUUCUCCUUAUAUAUCACUAUCAAGGAUUUGGUUACAUGUUGUUUUAUACUGUGUCCAUUUGACAUUUCCCUUUCAGUUUAUUUUUAUCCCUGAUUUGUUGUACAUACCCUUCCCUUUCUCUAUGCCCUUUGCUUCGUUGAUUCCCCUGCCUUUUGCCCCAUUCUCUAGCACAUCUUCUCAGUGGUGCUGUGCUGUGUGUCAGAAGAUAAAGCAGGUGUAUUAUUGUAUAAUGAAUUUUGUAUACAUGUUAAUGAAAUGGUGAAAACAACUAAAGGAAUUCUGUUCAUAACAGUGUUUAUUAAUAUCAGGAGUUAUGUCCCAGGAAAAAAAGAGGCGAAUGGCUACAGUUGUGAAUGGUUAACAUUGUUUAGAAUGCUGGAUUUUUCUGUUCAGGUAACCGUUUACCUGGAGUAUUAGAGCUGUAUGGUGGUGAGCAUCUCCUGAUUACACUUCCUUUUCUCCUUGUGAACAGUUUAUUGGUACCAUGCUGAAGAGAAUGGACAUAGAGUGAUAACAUGAAUGAAGUCUUAAAAUACACAAUAUUUUUACUUCUCUAUAAAGACUACAUCGUGCAUCUUUUGUAACACUGUCUUGUCAUGAUAAACACUGAAAUAGCAUGUUAAACAAUUGCCUAUACUUUAAUAUAAUCAGUUGGGGAAAACUGGCCUUUUCUUCCAACUGUGUGAUUGUUUCUUGAAAGGUAAAUUGCUAAUUUUAUAUUGUAUAAUUCUCUCUUCACAAAAUAGGUUUCACUAUUCUAUAUUAAAACUGUUGAUCAGAAAAUGAUCUGCUAUUCAAGUAAGUUUGCUUUCCUUUUUUCUUUGAAAAAUAUUUUAACAUGCCUUAUUUAUUAUCAUAUUAACAAAUAAGCAGCUAAUACAGAUGAAGUUUUCAUUUUUUUCACAGAUAAACCUUGCAUAACUGAUCUUUAGUAUGGGAUGAUUUUGAUACUAUCUUUGGAGUUUUGCACUGGAUAUUUUAAAAAUACUGGCACAAUGUAUUGGAAGAAAAUAAGCAUCUGAUUAGUUUUUAAUAUUUGGGGACAUUUUUAAAAUCAGUGUUCAUUUAGACUAAAAUAUUCUUGAUAUUUUUUAUUUACUUUUUAAGGAAAUCUCUGUUAAAGUAAUAAAAGUAAUACUCAUUCCAAACUGAUGUUUGUGUGAAUUUACAUGUAAUAGUUUCUUGAUGUAAUAGAGUUUCUUUGAGUUAAGGAGGAAAAAACAGUUAUCUGGAUCCAUUUAUUAGGUUAAAGGUGAUCCAGCCAGUAUAAGAAAAACCAGUGUAUGAGCUAAAGAAAAAAAAAAAAAAAACUUUCUAUUCUAAGAAGCUUUAAAAGAAGAAUUCAGGGGAUGUUGACAAUAACUGCUGCUCUGUCAGUCAUUGUCUCUAUAUGCAGUAAAAUUUUAUGGUCCCUUUAUAAUAUAAACAUUCACAACAGUUGUUCAAAACAUUUUUUUCCUUGGACAUAAAAUAUUUUGAUGCUAUUAUAUUUUUGUUUUUAUUAUAGCUUAACUAUAUGCUCUGAACUCUAGGAUGUAUCUAAAUCUUUCCUUUGCUUUUCCCUCCUCCUCCCCCCAAAUAGAUAAAUCUGUGCUCUCACAUACAUUGUAUUUAAUUUUGGGAAAAUUUAAUGCUAUAGUAAAUCAAGUGUGUGAUUUAUAGUAAUCAGACCACUUUGAUUCUUUAAGUUUCACAGUUUCCUUUUUCCACAUAUAAUUACAGAGAAAAUAAUUACCAAUUAACUGAUAUAAGCACGUUGUCCUCUGCUGUAAAAAGUCUGAAUAGAUACUGUGUAUGUUUUUAUGUCCAUGAACUUGAGCUACUCGUGUGCAAUUAUGUGUAUGGGAAUGGAGUAGUGUUCAUGAUUCGUAUCUACAUCAUCAUAUGGAUGUAUAUUUAUUAAUAAAGUCAUUACUUUAAAACCAA